AUGGAGAAUGCCGACAAAGCUUUGAGAACUAAGAUGAUUCAAGCAAACGAGGAAAUACCCUUUGACGAUAUUCUCAUCGAGUAUGGUGAAUUUGGGCGUUACCAAAAAUGGAUCUACAGUCUUUUGUGUCUUUUCAUAUUGGUAACACCGGCGCAGGCUCUCAUUAUGGGAUUCCUAUCCGAGGAUGUAGACCACUGGUGCAAGAGAGCCGAAUGGGAGUCUAUAGAUUGCGGCCGUUUCGGGUUCAAUACUUCACGGCAAUGCGAUCUCGGGAAAAGAGCUGUCGGCAUCCCUUGGAACUAUACAGACAACGAUCAAACGGAGAAGGUUUACUCAUCUUGUACCCGUUACAACACCCAUGGCGUCGAGUUCAGCCCAGACCUUGAUCUUGAUGGAUAUCCCGUGAUGCCUUGCGACUCAGGCUGGAAGUAUGGUGAAGUAGAAUCGGGAGGAACAACUCUGAUUAAAGAUUUCGACGCAGUAUGUGGCCAGUACUACUUCGUGUCUCUGGCACAGACUCUGUACUUCGUCGGUACCGGUUUCGGAUCGAUUUUCAUUGGAGUUCUCUCUGACCGAUUUGGCCGGCGCACAGUUGCUUUCCUGUGCCUCGUUUCAACUAUCUUGUCCGGAGUGGGGCUGGCAUUCUCUCCGAACAUAAUCAUGUUCCUAGUCCUGCGAUGUGUUGUUGGAGUGACAAAUUCCGGUAUAUUGUAUUCAACAGUUGUACAUGCCAAUGAAAUAGUUGGACCAUCCAAACGAAACUGGGCGGGAAACGUCGUAUGGUGUUUCUUUGCGAUAGGAAUCAUGGGCCUAGCAUUGCUGGCUUACCUUAUCAGAAAUUGGCGCUAUCUUCAACUGACCGUGUCUGUUAUUCCAGUCCUGCUUCUGAUCACGUGGUUGACAAUACCAGAAUCUCCCAGAUGGUUGCUCAUGAGAGGACGCAAAAAAGAGGCGGAAGAUAUCAUAAAAAGACUGGCAAGAUGGAACAAAGUGGAGAUUAAAGAGUCGUUCAAUAUGGACAAGGUGGCUGCAAAAUCGGAUGAAGGAGGCGGUCUGAAGCGAGAUCUCGUUGAGUUGUUCCGCCAUCCCAAAUUACGAUGCUAUACGGUCAAUAUGAUGUGGCAAUUAUUUGCAGUGUCUAGCGUGUACUAUGGAAUCUCUCUCGGGACGGGCUCCUUAGAGGUGAAUAACUACGUGGCGUUUGCCGUCUCCGGUGCGGUCGACAUCCCUGCCGCAUUUUUCGGGAUUUUCGCCAUAGAAUACUGGUCAAGGAGGCCAACGUACAUGUUUCUGGUGCUCCUGUGUGGUGCCGUUCUCCUUGCGUCAGGAUUCCUAACACCGGGAGUUUUUAAAACUGUGCUUGCUAUGGUGGGGAAGUUUGCCAUCGCAGCUGCAUUCAACAUCAUCGAUCUACGUGGCUGUGAAAUAUUGCCAACUGUUGUCAGGUAAAUACACCUGGUGGGUGUUUCAUAAAGCUGUUCGUAAGAUACGAAUGACUUUACGCGCGACUGGUGAUCCUUU